GCUGAUUUGUCUGGAUCAAAAAUACCUGUUUACUGAUUUGUGCAAAGUCUGAAUCUUGCUAUCUGUUUCUGGGUAUUUUUCCCACUUGUCCAAUUGGGUCAAGUUCUUAUCUGGUGAGUUUCAUGAGCCAACACUCCAUUUUUCAUUUCAUUUUCUAAGUUGUCCAUAAAUUCUUGGUUAUCUGUUCUAAAAUUUUAUAUCCCAGGCCAGUUGGGUUUCUUGAAAUUUGAAAAAUCUGACUUGGGAUUGUUGGAAAGUUGAAACUUUUAUGGAUACCCUUCUUGAAAGAUGUGAUGUUUCCAUGGAAAGAUUCAAUUUUGGGGUCCAUCCUCAUCAAAAUCUUGUAAAUGGGUUCAAAAUGGAUCAUGAGUCCACCUAUUCAAUUUUCCUUCCAACAAAUGUGGACCAUAAUUCUAGUGAUUCAAGUCCUCCUUUGAACACUGGUUCAGAUGGAGAUUCUACUGACCCUGGAGAUUUCAAUCAUCCUGUGCUUAAGCACAUAAGCGAUAUUCUUCUGGAAGAAGAUUUGGAGGGUAAGCCCUGCAUGUUGCAGGACUGUUUGGCCCUCCAAGCUGCUGAAAAGUCUUUCUUUGAUGUCCUUAAUCCAAGGGGUCCUCCUUCGCCAAACCAACCCCCUUUGUCCCAUAGCCUUGAGAAUCCGGAUGAUGAUUCCACCCCGAGUUCUCAUAGCUGUAAUGGCACCUCUAUUCCUUCAGAAACCUCCCAUUUCCAAUCUUAUCUUGCUGAGUCUCAAUCGGAUAACGUUUUGGUUUCGGAUCCUCUUUCUGAGAUGCAAAGUUUUGGGCAUUUUGGAGGUGUAGGGGAAGCAUGUAAGUUCCUCCAAAAUGAAAGUUUUGGAACUAUUGACCUGGAGAGGUGCCACUUAAUGUCUCCAGGUCCUGGUCCGUGCCCUCCGGGCAUUCGCACACUGAUGAGGAGGCCGGAGAAUGAUGGGCACAACUCAACAAAUAUAUUGAAGGGAAAAAAGCAUCAUCAAAGGGAGGAUGGUGAUUAUCCAGAAGAAGGGAGGAGCAGCAAGCAGCCAGUUGCUUUUGCUGAUGACUCGGAGCCGCAAGAAAUGUUUGAUGAAGUGUUACUCAGUCAUGGGCGUCAUCAUUUCGGUAACAAGCAGUCAAAAGGGUCCAAAACAACACGUUCAAAGAAACAGAAUAGCAACGCAGAAAUAGUAGAUUUGAGCACAUUGCUAACUCAAUGUGCACAAGCCGUGGCAAGCUAUGACCAACAAACUGCACGUGAACGACUCCAGAAGAUAAGGCACUACUCUUCCCCCCGUGGUGAUGCAAAGCAGAGAUUAGCUCAUUACUUUGCUGAUGGCCUAGAGGCACGCUUGGCUGGCGCCACAACCCCGUCAUACUCUUUUCUUGUUGGUACGCAGUCAUCAGCUGCUGAAAUAUUAAAAGCCUUUCAGGUAUCUGUUUCCUCAUCCCCUUUCAAGCACACAUCACAUUUCGUGGCCAACAGAACGAUUAUGAAACUCUCUGAAAACGCAACAAGGCUUCACAUUGUUGAUUUUGGUAUUGAUUAUGGUUUCCAAUGGCCUUGCUUUAUCCAACAUCUCUCGGAGAGACCUGGUGGGCCUCCUAAGCUUCGUAUCACAGCGAUUGAGCUUCCCCAACCAGGUUUUAGGCCUACAGAAAGAGUUGAGGAGACUGCACGCCGUUUGAAAAAAUAUGCUGAGAGAUUUAAUGUUCCAUUCGAGUGCAAUGUCAUUGCACAAAAAUGGGAGACAAUCAAGUUUGAGGAUCUUAAAAUUGACAGAAAUGAGCCGACUGUCGUCAAUUGUAUGUUCCGUUUAAAGAAUAUACCUGAUGAGACGGAGAUGUUGAGCAGUGCCAGUCCAAGAGACAUUGUGCUAAAGUUGAUCAGGAAAAUUAAUCCAGAUGUUUUCAUUCAUGGGAUUGUCAAUGGUACAUACACUGCACCCUUCUUUGCCGCACGGUUCAGAGAGGCACUCUUCCACUACUCUGCAUUGUUUGAUAUAUUUGAGGCCACUGUUCCACGCGAAGAUGAAAUGCGGCUGUUGUUUGAAAAAGCAGUUUAUGGUAGAGACAUAGUGAAUGUCAUAGCUUGUGAGGGACUGGAAAGAGUAGAAAGGCCUGAGACAUACAAGCAGUGGCAGUUUCGGAAUGUGAGGGCUGGGUUCAAGCAGCUUCCACUAGACCAAGAGCUUUUGAAGCAAGUGCGGAGAAUGUCAAAAUGUUAUCAUGAUGAUUUUUGGAUUGACGAAGAUGGGAACUGGAUGCUGCAGGGAUGGAAAGGAAAAAUUCUCUUGGCGAUUUCAAUUUGGGUACCGGCCUAGAGCUAUUACAAUCUUUACUAUCUUUGGUGUUGGGUUUUUUCUGUAAUCUUCCAUCCAGGAACAAAGGUGUUUAUACUGCUUUGUACUUGGUUUUGUGAGUUUAUUGUUUAUUUUUCAAUUAAUUCAUUGCUGCCAA